CUACAGACAGUGAUGAAAAAUCAUUCUUCAAUAACAACAUUCAUACUGCUAGGACUAACGGAUGACCCACUCCUACAGGUGUUUCUUUCAGUAUUGCUUUUUCUCACAUACAUAUUCACAGUUAUUGGAAAUCUAAUCAUUAUCCUUCUCACUCUCAUGGAUUCUCAUCUUAAAACACCCAUGUACUUCUUCCUUCGAAAUUUCUCCAUCUUAGAAAUAAUAUUUACAACUGUCUGUGUUCCUCGAUUCCUGUACAGCUUGACAACUGGAGACAAAACUGUUACCUAUAAUGCUUGUGCCACCCAAUUAUUUUUUGUCAUCCUCACUGGGGCAACAGAAUUUUUUCUCCUAACUGCCAUGUCCUAUGACCGCUACAUGGCCAUCUGUAAGCCUCUGCAUUACACCACCAUCAUGAAUGAAAGGGUAUGCACCAUUUUUGUUGUUUGCUGUUGGGUGACUGGGUUAGUUGUCAUAAUCCCACCACUUAGCCUAGGAAUUCAGCUAGAUUUCUGCAACUCUAAUCUUAUUGACCACUUUGGCUGUGAUGCAGCUCCUCUUCUGAAGAUUGUAUGCUCAGACACUCAUUUGGUAGAGCAAGUAGUUUUAAUCAUGGCAGUGCUGACUCUCAUAGUCACAUUAGUGUGUGUAGGUGUGUCCUAUACACAUAUCAUUAAGACUAUUUUAAAACUUCCUUCAGCUCAGCAAAGAAAAAAAGCUUUCUCCACCUGUUCUUCCCACAUGAUUGUAGUUUCCAUUACAUAUGGAAGUUGUAUUUUUAUCUAUAUCAAACCAGCAAAGGAAGGAGUUACCAUGAAUAAGGUGGUGUCUCUGCUCAACACCUCAAUUAUACCUUUGAUGAACCCUUUCAUUUAUACUUUAAGGAAUAAGCAAGUCAAGCAAGCCUUCAAGGACUCAAUUAAGAAGUUGGCAUUUCUUUCAAAGAAUUAG